AUGGAGGAAUACACUGACAUAUCUUAUGUCCCACCCAACAACUUUCAGAGCUUUGACAUCUACAUCCCAAACCCAUCUGGUGAAACCAUACCCCCUCUAGUUUGUUUUAUUCAUGGAGGUGCAUGGAGAAGCGAAGAUAAACUCGAUCAUGCUGGAUUGGCUCGUAGACUCGCCAGUUUCACUGGAUACGCAGUAGCAGUCCCCAAUUAUCGCCUGUCUCCUCGUGAAACGACGGAAGCCAAUGCCGUCCACCACCCCGAUCACGCGAAAGAUAUCCUACGCUUUCUCGAAUUCGUUAUCACCUGGGGAGGCCCGUGCGACACCAGUGUCUAUGACUCAAACAGAUUGUGUUUGAUGGGACAUAGCUGUGGUGCUCAUAUAUUGUCGUCGAUCUUCCUCGGGGCUACCCAAGGCGAGGACCCUUUGUGCCCCUCAGCCGAGCUUCUUAAGAGUACCAAAGCCAUAAUCAUGUCAGAGGGAAUAUAUGACAUCGAUAUCCUUCUCUCGAGUUUUCCCACUUACAGGAAUUGGUUCAUCGAGGCCGCAUUUAGCCCGCGGAGUACCUACGGGGAAGUUUCAGUCACGAAGAUGACUCCGAGGAUGGACUACCAUCACUUGCGGUGGUUCAUCGUGCAUUCCAAAGGAGAUACUUUAAUAGAUGAAGCUCAGAGCGAAGCAAUGUAUCAGCAUUUACUUCGCAAUGUCUCCCAUGUCACGAGGAACUUUGAAGAACUUGUAGGAGAGCAUAAUGACAUACUGAAAGGCGUCGAAUUUGUUAAACUUGUUGGACAAUACAUUACAGACAAUGUACCUCUAUGUACUUCAGGUUAA